CGACCAGAGUAGUCUGCAGAAGAGCAAGGCCCAAUCAAAGUGAGAGUCACAAUUUAAAACAAUCACCAACCCCAACACUUCCUCCCAUCAAAUUUCCCAACUACCCAAACAUCAUCAACCAUGUCUACCACCAUCACCACCGCUACCGCCACCGUCAAACCAUCAACUCCAGCAACACCACCGCUCCCACAGCUAAUCCCGUCCCUCCCAGACGACGUGGCUUUAAACAUCAUAGCUCGAAUCCCACGAUGCCAUCACCCAACGCUUUCAUUAGUCUCAAAAUCAAUGAAAUCUCUCAUCUCUUCCCCUCUGCUUUACUCCGCUCGAUCCCUCCUCAAAUCUUCGGAGCAUUUCCUCUACAUCACUCUCCGCCUCCACACCAGCCAUUUUCUACGCUUCUACUCACUCUACCAAAAUCCCUCGAACCCAAUAAAUCCCAAAUAUUCCCUCAUCCCUCUCCCUCUUAUUCCGUCCCCUUCCCUUGUUGGCUCCGCGUUCGCCGCCCUCGACCACAAAAUCUACGUCCUCGGCGGCUCCAUAAAAGACAUCCCUUCUUCACAAGUGUGGUCGCUUGACUGCCGGACCCACACCUGGGAACUAGCUCCGAACAUGCAUGUUUCCCGUGAGUUUGCCGCCGCCGGAGUCGUUGACGACAAAAUUUUUGUCAUCGGUGGCUGCGUGGUUGAUAAUUGGGCUCGGUCAACGAACUGGGCUGAAGCUUAUGAUGCCAAAACGGGGAAAUGGAACUCCGUUCCAAGUCCGAUCCAAAUCCGGGAUAAAUGGAUGCAUGCCAGCGCGGUUAUUGAUGGGAAAGUUUACGCGAUGGCAGAUAGAAAUGGGGUUUGCUAUGAAGUCGGAAGUGGGAGUUGGGGAACUGUGGAGAGUGAUUUGGAUAAUGGGUGGAGAGGGAGAGCGUGCGUGAUCGAUGGGGUUUUGUUUUGUUAUGAUUAUUUGGGGAAUAUAAGAGGGUAUGAUGUGAAAGAAGGCAUGUGGAAGGAGUUAAAAGGGUUGAAGAAAGGAUUGCCGAGGUUUUUAUGCGGUGCUACAAUGGCGAAUUUGGGAGGGAAGUUGAUGGUGGUUUGGGAAUCAAAAAAUGGGAAUGGGAAAGAAAUGGAGAUCCGAUGCGCGGAGAUUGAGGUGAGGAAGGAUGAAAGAGGGGAAUUGUGGGGGAACAUUGAGUGGUCUGAUGUUGUUCUUUUGGUUCCUAGAGAAGCUUCCAUUAUGCAUUGUUUGGCAGUUGCGUUGUGAGAUUGGAUGCAGGAGGAAUGCUUCGUGCCAGAAGCAGCAAGAUUCUGAUUGAGCCCCAUGACAUUAAGCUGUUAACUCCAUGGAAUGCCAUUGCAGCAAUCUCAUGGACAUGGGAAAUUAUUUCUCAUUUCAUCUCAGGUUACUCUGCAGAAAGCUAUUUACAGUUUGGAAAUAACAGUUAUUAUCCCAGUCUCUGUCUGAGCCAUUCAAAAUAAAGGAGUUAAGUAUUCCUCCUGUGUGUCUGUUGCACAUGUAACUAGUGAUUUCCUUGUUAUCAUUGUUCCAUGCCAACUUAUAUGCCUUGCAUUGCAUGUGUUAAAAUCUAAGAAGUUGUAAACGUUUGUCUAUAAAUGCAUUGAUGAAGGUUGGGACUUAUUUUAAACA